UGAUCCCAGAGACCGGAGGCUCCAGGUUGCAGCAAUAUCCGACUCCGUUAUCGCGGUGUUUUGUAAACUAAAGUGUUUUUUUGUUUGGUUGUUUGUUUGUUUUUUGACCAAACAAAGAUGAACGUGAACAGGCUCCUCGUCCUGUCCAGAACCUUUCCGUACGUAAAACGCAGUSUCGUUUGCAUCGCGAGGCAGGUCCAGAAGCGAAGGAGCAUUUCUACUCAUUCAAGAAAGCUCGCCUAUGCCAAGGACUURUUCCUCGGUCAGGUGAAUAAGUCUGAGGUCUUCCCUUAUCCUGAGAUAAGYAAUGAAGAGCUGGAGGAGAUCAGGCAGUUUGUAACACCGGUAGAGAAAUUCUUCAAUGAGGAAGUUGAUUCUGUGAAGAUCGAUCAAGAAGCCAAAAUCCCAGCAGAGACUCUGAAAGGCCUGAAAGAGUUGGGCCUGUUUGGAAUCAUGAUUCCUGUGGAAUAUGGAGGUCUUGGACUGUCCCACACCAUGUACGCACGCCUGAACGAGAUCAUCGCAUUGGACGGAUCUAUAGCUGUGACUCUGGCUGCACAUCAAGCCAUAGGGCUGAAGGGCAUUCUAAUCGCUGGGAGUGAAGCUCAGAAGGAGAAAUACCUGCCCAAGUUGGCAUCAGGAGAACACAUUGCAGCUUUCUGUCUGACAGAGGCAGGGAGUGGAAGUGAUGCAGCUUCCAUUCAGACCCGAGCAACUCUUUCUGAAGAUGGAAAACAUUACUUGAUCAAUGGCUCAAAAAUAUGGAUCUCAAAUGGAGGCAUGGCAGACAUUAUGACUGUGUUUGCCAGGACAGAAAUGGAAGUCGACGGCAUAAAGAAGGAUAAGAUUUCAGCUUUUAUUGUGGAGAAGGCUUUUGGGGGAGUCACCAGUGGCAAACCUGAGGACAAGCUGGGCAUCAGGGGUUCCUAUACUUGUGAAGUGUCCUUCGACAACGUGCCUGUGCCAGUGGAAAAUGUUAUCGGAGAAGUUGGAGGUGGAUUUAAGGUUGCUGUGAACAUCUUGAACUCUGGGAGGUUUAGCAUGGGCAGUUCCUGCGCCGGAAUGAUCAAAAAGCUGAUUGAGCUUACCUCAGAGUACGCUGCAACCAGGAAACAGUUCAACAAAAGACUGAGUGAAUUUGGUUUGAUUCAAGAGAAGUUUGCAUUGAUGGCAUUGAAUGCCUAUGUGAUGGAGAGCAUGGCAUACCUGACAGCAGGGAUGAUGGACAGACCAGGAGUUCCUGAUUGUUCUCUGGAGGCUGCGAUUGUCAAGGUCUUCAGCUCAGAGGGAGCCUGGAUUUGUUGUAGCGAGGCUCUGCAGAUCCUAGGAGGGCUGGGCUAUACCAAGAACUAUCCCUUUGAGCGCUAUGUCAGAGAUUGUCGCAUCCUGCCCAUCUUUGAGGGAACAAACGAGAUCCUGAGGAUGUACGUUGCUCUCACAGGGAUGCAGUAUGCUGGCAAAGUUCUCACCAGCAAAGUCAAGGAGAUGAAGAGCGGAAACAUGUCUCUGAUUUUGAGCACAGCUGGAAAGAAGCUGAGGACCACACUGGGAGGGUCCGUGGACCUCGGCCUGACUGGGCAGGAGGACUGGGUGGUGCAUUGCAGCCUGGAAGAAAGUGCAAAGAAGUUUGAGCAGAACGUCAACGCUUUCGGGUCCACUGUGGAGAGCCUGCUGUACAGAUAUGGAAAGAGCAUUGUGGACGAACAGCUGGUCCUGAAGAAAGUCGCMGACGUGAUCAUCAACUUGUACGCCAUGACAGCUGUCCUGUCCAGAGCCAGCCGUUCCAUCUGCAUCGGCCUCAGAAACCAUGACCAGGAGGU